AUGGCCGCCCCCUCCUCGCCGCGAAGCGGCCUAGGAGACAGCGGCUUCACUCCCACCUCGACUCCCGCACCUCCACUCGCAAGCGACGCCCAGCCGCUCCCCCUCGCGUGCGCGUGCCUCAACAUCACGAUCGCCGCUCUGGCCGCAGAUGAUCUCGUUACGCGCAUCGCUGCUGCACCUUCUCAGUCAUCUUCUGAAGAUGAUAAGCCUGCUGUCGCGCCCCCAUCCAGUUCUCUCACUGGACGGGUACAGGUGUGGCUGCCUGAGAACACCGAGACUGUGAAACACCCAAUGUUGGCCACUUUUGAGGACGACGGCGAUGGAUCCUGGCGCAAGUGCUGGGUCUGCAGCGUUCAGGUGUAUCGUGUGACCAGCAAGCAUGCCGGCGAUAUCGCACCCACCGACGCAUGGGUGGAUAUUGAGUUGGGCAACGGUGUUCUGUACGGCUCUGUGCUCGACGCUGCCCAGCAACGGACACUACUUCCUUGGUCUGGUCUAGUACUAGACGCACCGGCCGACUCUACCUUUGGUCGUCCUCCUCAAACUUCCACCCCGGUUCCAUACCCUUCCGUCGGCAACGACUCCAACGUCCCACUUCUCCCACCCAUCCCAGACCCAUUCUUCUUGCCUCCACCAUUUAUUCCCAGCCACCCUGCCUUGCGUGACAUGUGCAAGGGGGCCGUCGACGCGCUCCAGGUGAAGCAGGACGAGAUUGAGCGCGAUAUCCGCGAGUACAUUUCCCAGCGCGCGUUCGACUUGCGCCGCAUCGAAGACCAGGUUCGUGCCGAGGUGGAGACACUGUGGGACCGGUUUGCCGAUGGUCCCGGUCGUGGCGAUAUCACCGAAGGCCGUCGUGCCAGCGUGACAAUGCCUCGAGGAAGCAUCUCUGUUGCUCUCUCUAGCACUCUCGCUAGCACCCACAACCCUCCUCCUCCUCCUCGCCAAAUUCCAACCACCGAUCUCGACUCGGUGUCUGGUGUCGUUCCCUCGCCACCAGCGAUUACAGGCCAGUUCAACCAUAACACUGCCAUUGCGGCGGGUGUCGCGGCUACCUCGUCACUGCUGUCCGCCUCCCUGUCCGCCAAUGCCUUCUACGCACCACCCCCUCGUACGGCACAGGCCAAUAUCAACGAGUUUGACAACCUCACCAAGACGGCGUCUCAUGAGACCGGUGUCGAGCGUGAGGUUGCCAUGAGCUAUGCCUUCUCUGCAAUGGCGGAUGCGGCCAUCACCUCGGGUCGCCGGCGCAAGUCGCUCGAGCACGCCGAAGUCAAGCUCGCAGAGGAAGCCGAGGUCAAGGCCGAGGACGAGCAGAAGGGCUACGACUCGUGGAUCGGCAUUGAGCGUGCCCAGGCGCGAUCGCAGGCUGAACAGACGGCAAUGGAGGUCAAGCACAGUGCUGCUGCCGCUGAACAGCAUGGCGCUGUUGCCAACGGAUCCAAGGAGAGGAAAAGUCGCGUGACCUUCCAGGAGCCCGAGAAAGGCGCCAAGGCUGCCGCUGAAGAGGAUCCUCUUGACGCCAAGGACGAGCCCCAGGACAUCGAAGACGAUGACGACUAUGUCUUUGACAUGGACACGGACGCCCCGCCCGUCUCCGUCGAGCAGCCCCCAGUUGUGGCUCCCGUCAAGCCAAAGCUGCGCUCCGCGUUCGAGGACAACCUCUCGCAGACAUUUGCCGCCGAGAUUCCAUCCCACCGUGCCGGCUGGCGCAACGCGCAAGGCCUGUCUGCGGCUUUGCGGCGUGAACCACGCGAGGAAGAGGACGACGACGACACACCCGACUCCACAUCUGGCAUGGCCCGCUCGGUCCCUAUCCACAUUGCCAAGCCGCGCAUCAUCAGCUCCCGGCCUCUGGAGCGCAAGACCUCUCUGACCGACAAGGAGGGCCACCUGGUCCCAGGCUUGAUCACUGCCAUGCGCGAGCGCGGCGUGGCCCCAUCCCAGCCCCGUGCCAUUGUCGGCAGCGUGGCGCAUACGGCUGUCCGGAGGGGAAGCCGCAGCGUCAGCGGCGACAGGGAGCGCGACCAGGUCAAGAGCUAUGCUCAAGACGCCGGAGCCAUGUUUGAGUCCCUUGCCGAGGGUACCGUCGACUCGGACUCGGACGAGGCCGACGACGCGACCCCCGUCCCGAACGGGGCCAAGUUUGUGCCUCCACAUGUCCUCGCCCAGCGCGCGACCAAGAACGACAACGUGGGGUGGGCGAGUCUUGCAUCGUAG